AUGUCGUCAUCAUUCCUGUUCUUACUGCUACUUAUCGUCCAUUCCACCACCACCACCACCUAUUCUCAAACCACCGCGUCAGCUCCAGCACCACCAGGCCCCGCCAACAUUACAAAAAUCUUGGAAAAAGCCAGCCAGUACACAAUCCUCCUCCGCCUCUUCCACAUGACCCAAGUCGGCGACCAAAUCAACACCCAACUCAACAACUCCGACCAGGGUAUCACCGUUUUUGCACCCACCGACAAUGCUUUCUCCGGCCUUAAAACUGGAUCCCUGAAUUCUCUCUCCGAUCAAGAAAAGGUCGAGUUGGUACAGUUUCAUGUUAUUCCGACCUUCCUCUCCACUUUACAGUUUCAAACUAUUAGUAAUCCGUUGAGGACACAGGCCGGAGACAGUACUUAUUACGAGUUUCCCUUAAAUAUAACUACCUCCGGCAACCAGGUGAAUAUAUCGACUGGUGUCGUUGAUGCCACGGUGGCAAACACCAUCUACACCGAUGGUUCUCUUGCGGUGUAUCAAGUGGACAAGGUGUUAUUACCAAUGAGCAUGUUUGGUCCGCCAGCUCCAGCGCCGGCCCCGGUGUCUGAGAAGACUAAGAAGAAAUCCAACGCCGUUGACGAUACUUCUUCCUCUGACGACGGUAGUGCCACUGCUGACGCCUCCGGUACGGCUAGUGGCAGUAACUUGCAUGGCUUCAUUGUUGGCCUUGCCGGGGCUAUUGCUUUCAUGGGGAUGUUGUGUUCGUGA